GUUGCUAUGGUGCGUAACAACGCUCGAACCCGGAAAAGGUCGAUUUGCUUCCGGUUGAAGUAAACAACUGUACUCAAACAACACGUGAAUUGUUACCGAAAGCUUUAAAAAUUUAUUCCAGGGAAAUUUACAGAUUCUACAGAGAGAGAUUGAUCAUGGAUCCCUGUCAUACGUGACACCAACAUCUUGCAUAAUCAUAGUGCUUCCACACAACAUUUGUCGGUUUCCAUUUGGUUGUUGUUUUUUUAUCAGGAAAGUCCAAGAGUUGUUCCUGUUAAGAGGUCAGAAAAAAACAUGAAAAUGUCCAUGGAGGGGGCUCCAAAAAAAGACAUGGUAAAGAAGGUGAAAAAGCAAAAGAAAGACAACAUCCCUGAGAUGACAAUGGAGAAUAUAAUCAAGACUGAGGAAAUGCUAGUUGAAACGCUUGACAACAGUGACCUGAAAAAGAAAAAGAAGAAAAGAAAGUUGACUACAGAGCCUGAUAAUGUAACAGAAGUCAGCAAAAAGAAGAUUGAACACACAGAUUCAACAGAUAAUUUACAGGAAGAGCUAGUGAGAGACAAAAAGAAAAAGAAAAAAAACAAAAGCAAGUCUGUGCAAACGGAAUCUAAUAUAGAAACUGUAAAAAUAGAGGAUGUUGAAGACAACAAUUCCCUGCAAAAUGUGAAAAAGGCAUCAAAGAAAGCUAAUAAAGUUAAAAACGAAAUGGUUGUAAGCACUGACGAGAAACCUGAAAAGAAAACUGAGAAAGAUAAAAAGAAGAAAAAAAAACGGCUCAUGAACGAGGACAUUUCUGAUAUUAAAACAGUUACAGCAAAAAAGUCAAAGAAGGAUAAAUCGAAACUACCAGAAAAUGGCAUAAAAAUUGAGUCCUCUGGGAGUGAUCAGAUUGAAAAUGUAAAGGUGAAAAAGAAAAAACUGUCUUUAAGUGUUCCAAAAGAAUUGGAAGAGACAGACUCAAGUCAAGUAAAGAAUAAAAAACACAAAAAAGCCAAGUCUGAAAAUGAAAUGGAUACAGUUGUGGAUACAAAAAAGAUGGCCCAAGAUUUCAAUGUAACACAAAAUCAUAAACCAAAGAAGAAAAAGAAAAAGAUGUUAGAAGAAAGUGACAGAGAACCUCUAUUGGUUGAAUGCGAAGUUGAAGAGGAAGCUGCAAGCAUAAGUAAACUGAAAAAACACCCUAAAAAGGUUAAGAGCAAAGCUGACAUUGAAGCUGAUGCUGGUACAAAAAAGAAGAUUAAAGAAGAAAAAGAAGAGCAAGAGGAGAACCCACAAGUGGAGUUAGUUUUCCUUUCAGAAAAGGCUGGCAAUACUGACGAAGUAAAAGUCAACAAGGAGAGAAGAAAGGCUUUGCAAAUGGAAAUUGACCAAGCAUCUCAGCCAAAGAAACCAGCUAAACCUUUGGGUUUGGGACAGUGGAGCACAGCAGAGUUUGGGAGCUCAGAACAACAGCAGAAGUUUCUUCGUUUAAUGGGGGGCUUCAAAAAAGGGUUUCAACCAGCUUCUGUCAGUGGUGGAGGUGGAAACAUGGCUCUGGGAAGAGAUGCACAGCAGCAGCUUCAACAAGGACUUCUGGGACAGUUUGAGCGUGCCCACUCACGGCGCAUGGACUCAAAUAAUAAAGGAGCUGGACUCGGUUUUACAGCUCCAUCCACUAAGAAGUUUUCUAUUGAUGCAAAUGUUACUCGCUCCAUACGUUUUGAUGACUAAAAUCAAUAUGACAAAGAUUAUAUUAAUCAGAAUUAAAAAAAACUUGAUCAUAUAUCAAGUUAUGAGUAGAA